UGUUUCUUAUAUUUCGAGCACUCUGUAUCUGAAGUUGACGCUUUUAUACAAAGAAAAAAAAUGCCUGGAAGUGAUCAAAAUUGCGAUGUUCUCAAAGAACCACGUCUUGUGGAGAGGAAGUUCUUGGCCAGGCCACAGCAUGAAGGAGCUGGCGCCAUUGUUAGGAGGAGCAUAGGACGGUUUGAGCUGAGAUACUUUGAUCCUUUUCUUGCCCUGGAUGAAUUCUCAGUUACUGCUCCUGCUGGAUUUCCUGAUCAUCCACACAGAGGGUUUGAGACAGUGACAUACAUGUUGCAGGGAUCGGUCGCACAUGAAGAUUUUGAAGGGCAUAAGGGGACAAUAGGAGCCGGUGACUUGCAGUGGAUGACUGCAGGAAGAGGGAUUGUCCACUCAGAAAUGCCUGCCGCCCAGGGAACUCAAAAGGGCUUACAGUUGUGGAUCAACCUCUCCUCCAAGCAUAAAAUGAUUGAACCAAGGUACCAAGAAGUGCCGAGUAAAAACAUUGCUGAAGCUGUCGAAGAUGGGAUCAAGGUUAGAGUUAUAGCCGGCGAGGCCUUGGGAACAAAAUCACCAAUCUACACAAGAACCCCAACAAUGUACUUGGACUUCACCCUCAAACCAGGAAAUCACCUGCAGCAACCAGUCCCAACAUCAUGGAAUGCGUUUGUGUAUGUGUUGGAGGGCGAAGGCGUGUUUGGAAAUCUGAAAUCUUCGGCUGCCUCAGCCCACCACCUUCUUCUUCUGGGAACAGGGGAUGGCUUGGAGGCGUGGAACAACUCCUCCAAACCCCUCAGAUUCAUUUUAGUUGGGGGUGAACCGUUGGGAGAGCCACUGGUGCAGUAUGGUCCCUUUGUGAUGAACACCCAGGAAGAGAUCGACAAAACCAUUGAUGACUUUGAGAAUUGCGUCAAUGGAUUUGAGAAAGCAAGGCAUUGGAGAUCAGAAAGCGCGCUCAGUCUUGAAAUGUAGCUCUAAAUUGCCUUCUUUGGAAUUUCUUGGUAGAUUCCAUAUGGAGUAGUAAGGAAAUAAAAUGUUGUUUCUCAAAA